UUUUUUCUUUUUAGAAAAUUGUAUACAUUUGGAACAACAAUUAGACUUUGUUCAAUUCAAUUCCAAUAGUUCAUUUGGCCAGUGUAUCUUUAAUUUCAUCAAGAAGUCUUUCAACAGUUUUUAAUUUUACUAAAUAAUUUCUUGCUCUUGUUUUAUGAAAUGUAAGCUCUUCUUUCCUUGCUUGUCUUACAAUCUUUUCUUCUUCAAAGCAAUAAAUUUCCAAAUCAUCUGUUUUCCAUCAUUUAAAACUAUUGAAACCUUUUUUGAUUUUCCUAUACCAAGAUUCUCACAUUUGUCUAGUGACAAAAUUUGGGUGAUGUUCUUUUGUAUUUUGAAUUAAUGGCACCAAGACAAAAAUUUCAGACUAAUUUUUAUCAAUAAUUAUUGAGGUCUUGAUAACAUCUCUAUCUCUUAUAUUGUUUACAGCAAUACACAAACUGUCAAACAUACUACUACAACCUCCUAUUGUAGUAAAUAAUAUAGAAUAAUAUCGUGAAAGAAGAAUUAUAAAGCUCUGACUAACUUUAUAUUACAAAAGAUAUAGAU